GUUUUACUGAACAAGAAACAGUAACGGGGCUGUUUUCCAAGGAUUGCAUCCUCCCUUGUUCUUUCCCACCUGGGGAUGAUGAAGUAAUUUACUGGAAGAAAGGGGACAAAAAUGUGCACAGCUACUACUACCAGAGUGAUCAGCUGGAAGGACAAGACCUGGAUUACAGACACAGAACACACCUUUUCCAUAACAACAUUCCUAGUGGAAAUGCCUCCUUGAAACUUAAUAAUUUGACCGUGACUGAUGAGGGCUCUUAUAGUUGCUAUGUGGGAACACAGCAAACUAGAACAGAAGUGGAAGUCAUGCUGCGCGUGAGAGACCAACUGUCUAAUGUGGAAGGAAGUAGCACUUCAAUUCCUUGUGAAUACAGCAACACUACAAACACUGAAGGUUUCAGUGUUGUCUGGACAUUAAACAGAAAUGCAGUGAUCUCAGUCCUGGCCUCCUUCAGUGGUACAUCUCACUCUUACCAUCCUCGAGUCCAGAUUAACCAAAGUGACUUUUCAUUGACGUUGCGUGAUCUUACUGCAAAUGACAGUGGAGAAUAUCUGUGUAAUAUUUCAACACCUCACUACACAAAACUUAUUGAGGAUGGGGACCAGUGA